AUGAUGCGCAACAAACCGCCGUGUGGUCCAGAAACCGAACGUCUCCAUGCCCUCAUUCCCGUGCUCGACCUCGCACAACCGACAGUCAGGUUCAAGAGACUGCCACUUCCUGACAUGGGCCUCCAAUUCCCACCAAAGCCGGAUCUAACGGAUUCAAGAAAACGCGGCCGGGCCAUGGCAGACAUCGACGGCGAGCACUCUUGUCUGCAGAAGAAAAAGCGCAGACUCCGGCUCUUCCUGAUUACCUCACGUCUGUCGCCCCAGUUCUCCCACCCAGCCACCAACAUUGUCGACCGGGGAAGCUCCAAGAUUGCUGUCUGGGCAAAGCAGAAAGCACUUGGCCGCAACCUUCUUCGCAAAGCCGCCAUCCUGAACCGCAUCCGCCGCCAUGCCGUGUCGGCGCGCGGAGCCAUCCCAGGACGGGGUCGCCUGCUCGUCGAGCAAGAGAAGGAGCAGCGCCAGCUCGAAAUGGCACGUCUAACGUUCAACUACGGGAGUAUCGACACAUACACUCGACCCGUGCACACGCAACCACAUUUGGCACCACCAUCUGCCGCUACACGCAAGGGGAACCAGUACCUCUUUCCCACCUCGCCCACCACCUCGCCGUCCAGUUCACCCAACACAUCCCGAACCCCCUCCCCCACACUCACCUCCCCCCUCUCCAACGACAACCCCCCAGCAUCCCCCUCCCCGAACGCCGCCUAUGCGCUCUCCCCUCCACGUAUCCCAUCCUCAUCCCGCACGUACGAGCCACUCCUCCCCUCCCCACUAGGCCUGUUUAACUACGACGCGCUGGACGUCGAAGACGACACCGUCUCAGACACGUACGCGCACCUUGACGACGACGAGGCCCAGGCUUCGUUCGCCUACUACUGGGACGAAGCGGUGGACUCGCGCCACGACACUCCGUUUUCAAACGAGCGGGACGAGCGGGAGGGGGAGGGGGCGAGUCGCGCGCUCAGGACGCCGCCGCCGCCGCGCAUGCGGAUGCGUGGUGGGGAGGACGGUGGGGCGGACGCACUGCUUGGGGGAUUCGAUGAUGAUGCAAACGAAGAUGUGGAUGUGGAUGUGGAUGUGGAUGAAGAUGGGGACGAAGACAUCCCCUCCACAUGGCCAAGUCCCUUCCUAGACGCUACACCAACAACCUCAACGAAAAACCUAUACGGCUCCACGAACCAGCGCUUCAGUCUGCACUUCCCUGCCCCGAACCCAAGCCCCCUCGCUGUGCGGUACCCCGGGGAGCCAGUGUGCACCUCAGCCACACCGUCGUCUGUAGGGAGGAGUCGGGCAGCUGCGUCGCCGAAGCUGGAGCUCGCGCCGGCGUGCAUGUCGCCGAAUUUCCUGCCUGUGGACUCGAGGGGCUGGGCGGGGGAGGAGAGGUGGGGGGGUUGA